GAGAGAAGCUGAGAGCUCCAUCCAAGUGUGAAAGUCACAUCCAGUGAACGUCUCAGUCAGACUGACCUGCUCUUACAACAUGGCAAUAUCUAUCGAUCUGUCCACUGCAGAUAAAAUUGGAUGCUAAAAACUCAUCCUAGUUUUGUCGACAUGAAGGACUUUGAGCAGGAGAUCAGACAUUAAGCUGUCGAGAGGAAGACGGGUUGAGUGGUCUGCAGAAGAAGGCAUGUUAAGAUGGAGGACACGGAUGAUUUUGAACGUAUGAUAGAGGAAAGUAUAGUGGAUGAAUCUCAAUCACAAACGAACAACAAACCCAAAUGGGAAAAUGGUCAAUGUGUUCUGGCAAUUCCAAGCUAUUCUCUCAUCAACCCCAGUUUUGAUCUCUCACUGUGCAACUCCACACUGGAGAGGAAAGGCUUCCAGAUCCCGGUCGCAGACAUUGAGGUUCCGCUGAAAACAGCGUUGGAAGUUCCCGCAGUCAGAAGAUUUAUGAUUUUCAACUCAUCUCUCUUCCAUUUCAUCAUGGCGCCGUUUCUGUACGUGGUGUUGUGGUGCGCCAUCUUCUCCACCCUGCACCUCUAUCUGACCCUGAGCAACGACUGGAUCUUGUGUCUGUGUGUCAGCCUGAUCUCCAUCUUCCUCACCACCACGAUCAUGUUUGUUCUCAACCAGAAUAAAAAGGAGAUCAACAUGAACUUGGACGUGCGGCUGAUCCAAGUAAAUGAGACGAUGGUCAAGCACAAGCUGCUGGUUGCCGUGGACGACUGGGUGUACAACUGCAAAGGAAGCAUGCAGCUGUACUUUGUGUAUUGGGACAUGGCUUAUUGUUUGCAAACACUGACUGAAAUGCUGGAGGAGGACAGUUUAGCGGGCAUUGACACCUGGAGCAAACUCCAAAAAAAGAUGUCCAAUCUCGUUCUAGUGGCCGAGGUCCCGAGCAGGGACCUCGAUGAAUGUCACUCAGAGGUGGAGCAAGGUUCAGAGGAGCAGAGGCCUCUGUUAAAAAAUGAAGACAAAGGCUGCACUUCUUCUUCUUCUUCUUCUAAGGUCACAACUAACUACAGUCUCAUCCCUGAUGCAUCCUUACCCGCCCAGGCUCGUGCCCACCAGCUGUUGAUGACCUACAGCGCCGCCUACGUCAAGCUGCUUGUGUCUGAUAGGCUGUCUGGGACGUCACACCAUGACCUCCAACCACCAAGGAACCACUGCCCUACUGCACCACUCUGCCUCUGCCAGUUCAUCCAACUGAAGAUUCUCAAAUAGUCCAACAGAAUGGACGCAACCAGUUUCAUCGUCAAAGUUGUAUAGUCUGUUACUUUAAAUGUACUUUUUUUGUCCAUUCAUCAAGAAAAACGUUUGGCUCUGUUUUUUCACCCUUUCAGGGAUAACGGUUACUACAGUGGACAGCUUACAGGGUGUGUGAAAAGGGUUAACCUCAGAGAGCCUCCACUAUCUGUUAUAGGACAUGUAAAAACUAUUAAAUGGGCUUGAAGUAAAAACUUUCAGGUGAUUCCACAUCAACCUCGUUCAAUGAUGCAAAAUUGGGACACAAUUCAGAAAGUAGCCAGUAUCACCCUUCAUCCUUUUGUUCAAUCACAGCCCUGUUAUGUGGCAUGCACUGAACCCCACUUAGAGAAAGUUGGCACUCUAUGAAGGAAACUGGAGAGAGGCAUGGAGCGUGAGGCCAACUUGAACGAUUUCAGACGCUCGCUCUCUUCGGGUGGCUAAAUGACCAUCUGUGAUCCUGUGCGCACAAGGCUGGCUCCGUUUCCAUCUUUUGCCUCCCAUUUCCCAUCCCAUAUCCGACCAUACUUUCUGCAUUGGCCAGACGUUGGUUUUUCUUGGACAUUUUUUUUUUGUCACUACAAAAACAACAGCAACAAAAAAAAAAUCUCCGGCCUGAAUUUCAAAAUCAUGACCUCAGGUGGCAUGGAUUGUAUUCUUCUACCGUGGCUUGGCUUUUGAUUGACUUUUGCUGAAAAUCAGCUGGGAUAGCCUCGGGCUCAUAAAAACGGAUAUGAAUCAGAAUAUGGGUUUUGAGUGAAAAGGCGCAAGUGCAUCAAAUCGAAUCAGAUCAUUCCAAUUGUUUUAAAUAUUUUUUUAAAUGGUUAAUACAGCUCUUUGUAGAAGC